AAGAUGAGUUUACAUAACAAGAUCUGUCUGGUGACUGGUGCUUCACGUGGUAUUGGUAGAGGUAUAGCUCUGGCUCUAGGUAGUGAAGGAGCUACCGUUUACAUAACUGGACGAACUCUGGAACUUUCCAGCAAAGCUCCAGGAUCUCUGAAUAUUACUGCUGAGGAGGUGAAUGCAAGGGGUGGAGUUGCUAUUCCUGUUCAAUGUGAUCAUGGAGUCGACGAGGAGAUUCACAGACUUUUUGAUAAGAUCAAGAAGGAUCAUGGAAAGAUUGAUUUGCUCGUCAAUAAUGCAUUCAAAGGUGUUGCAACUAUCGAAAAGAAUACGGCAAUCCCUUUUUGGGAGCAGGAGAAAGAAUCAUGGGACGAUGUUAUUCACGUUGGUUUGAGGUGUCAUUUCAUAGCAUCACAAGUAGCAGCUAAAAUGAUGGUUACUCAGAAAGAUGGCCUUAUCGUCAACGUCUCCUCAGCUGGGGCCCUCUUCAAUUUCUUUACCACUCCUUACGGGGUGGGCAAAGCUGGGUUGGAUAAGAUGUCUGAAAUGUGUGGUAAAGAGUUGGAACAACACAAUGUCACCUGUUUAUCACUGUGGCCUGGACUUGUGCAAACUGAAGCUAUUGUUGCUGCAAAGGAGUCACUCGAGAAAAAGAAAGGUGCUGGUGUUAAGAUCGAUGUGUCAAAAGGAGAAACUGUGGAAUAUGCUGGAAGGGCUAUAGUUGGACUCAUGAAUGACAAGAAUUUGCUUGCCAAAACCGCAAAGACAAUCACAACUGCUGAUUUAGGCUCAGAAUAUGGUUUCAUUGAUGUCGAUGGAAGAACCCACCAUUCAAUGCGCUGUGUAAAGGCAGGAGUUGCUAUGAAGCAUCCCUGGCUCGCUGCUCUUAUUCCUGCAUUUAUAAAGGUACCAUGGGCCUGGCUGGUUGCCAUGGUUCAUCAUUAUUAUUAACUUGAUUGUUGACUACUAACUAAAACUCACUUUGAUUUGGUAGAUUAUUAAUUACAAUUAUUACGUAGUACUUACGUUUUUACAUUUUUUUGGAUGUUAAUUAUCACACGUUUACCCUUUUCCCUUAUGAUUUGAUUACAGUAAUUUUUUAGUUUCAGAAUUUUAUCAAUAUUAACAGAUUGUUUAACAUAUUUGAAUCAAACUUUUGUAUAGAUUUUAGAUUGCUUUGAUUUAUAAUAAUAUUAUGCUCUAAGGAAUAGUUGUUGUGCCCGGAAUUGCACUUUAUUUUAUCAAUUUAUAAUUUAUUUAACUUAACACAAUUUUUAGAUGUCUCAAUAAAUUGUGG